AUGGCCCUUACCGACAUUGAAAGGUUCAAGAAUAACAGUGUCCUUGGAUCACAGGGAUUCCACUUUUUGGCUGGCCAGAAGCGUCGUAGACUGACAAUUCAAGCUGGCCUCGUCGAAAAUAUAUCCCCUCCAUUACACACCCUCAUCAACAAUGGCAUUAUGAAAGAGUCGGUAUCGCGAGAGGCGGUGUUGAAUGAUGUGGAGGAAGACACAUUCGUUGCAUUAUGUGAGAGGUUAUCGCAGGUUUUAUUCGACCCCUUCUCACAACAACGAUGCAAGUAA